ACGUGAAUAAGUCAUGCGCUUUUUAUUCUUUUCAGGGAACAAAGACUAUUAAUGCAUGUUUGUGUCUCUUCAGUCAGAACAGAUGAUUUCUGAAAAUAGUUAUCUGUGUUUUGACAGGUGGCGGUUUUGUUUCUCAUCUCGAAUAUUCAGUGUGUCGUCUGCAAAAUCUGAUACAAUGUCUGAUAACGUGAAGCUAUUAUGAGUUGUUUUUUUCCUUCUUGCGAGCCGUCGUGUACAGGGUGGGUCACAGUUUCGGGAGAGAGAGGCGGGUUGUCCAAGCCGUUGUGUUAUACAAGUAGUGUGUCGAAGGCAGGUUAAUUAACUCCGGUAUAAGGCAACAUAGACGCACGAUUUUUUCGAGGACAUAAACGGUACAUAGAUCUUUGUCGUUUCAUAUAGGCAAAGUAAAGAGGCUGGAUCCACAUAUAGAACUGAACCUGACGGCUGGAGGAGACCGAUGGGUUAUUGAUGGUAAUCGCCGAGGAAGUCCCGCUCUCGCACGUGACAGUAUAAACGCUGGCCCACAUGCUGCUCGCCGCUGUCCGACUACAAGAAGGAUGGUGAGUACAAGCCUCUUUGUGAUGCGUAGCAGGCCACAGAGGUUUCUGGACCAUGUUCUACUCUCUGUUGUAUUUUUGCUGUCUCACAUAGUAGCAUACACCAUCACAACAAAUGCAACUACAACAGCACCAACAGGAGGACAGGAAUUUCUAUCAGUAACAAAAAAUACACCCAUUGCUGUUCCUUCAACUGUUGUUAUGAACACAUCAUCCACAACAGAUCAGAUUAUAACAUCCGGAACAAAUAAACCAGCAAACACUUCAGAAGUGAACAUUACCCCUACAGCUACCACAACCCCACUGGUCACAGCUUUUGCUAAUGCUACAAAUGUGGCCACAGUGUCAACAAACACACCAGGAGCAUACAUCAACACCACUAACACAACUCUACCAGUCACAGCUAGCUUUAAUGCUACAACAGCGCUCUGGCCAGUGCAUUGCAACUUCUCCCAAAACUGCGGCUCUGUGUACUACUGGAUGACAAUCAGUGUUGAAGUUAAUGGAUCUGAGUCUAAUGAGUCAGAUAUCUCUGCAUGGGUCCCAAGAUCUCAAGCCCUGACACGUGUGAAGUGUAUACAUGCAUAUACAUGUGAACUUCAGAAUCUGUUCCAAAAUCAACAUGAAUGUAGGCCUAUUCUUCCUACCAUUACACCAUUAAAACACGAUACCAAUUCAACCAGUGGAUCUAGUAACGACACAACCACCAACAGCAGAGAAUCUGGGUCAGGCCCCAUUACUACCACUGUCACACAAAAUGUCAGCUCAGUUACUACAAGUCUAUUUAACACUGGGACACUUGGAAACAACAGUGUGUCAAAUGGAAGUGAAACUACUACAAACAUAUUCAAAGAUGUGACUGUUGUGUGCGACAAUAUGACUGCUAUAAGGCAAACUACAUGCACUGUGUUGUUGCAGUUAACAUGGGCAAACAAUACAUGUUGCAUUAUACAAACUGUGAGCACAGUACUGAAUAAAUCCUCCAUCCUGGCCUUUGUGAUUGGAGACAAGGUAGAGCAAGUAGUAAAAGGGAUUUGUCGCAGCAGUUCUGCAGAACCGCCAGUUGGAAGCUUUGAAAAAUGCAACGGUUCUCUUACCCGUGGCAUUUCCUGCAAUUCAAGUGUCACAGUUAAUGUGUCAUGCAAUGGGAACAGUGAAACAGCAUAUGUUUCACUCGCCAAUCCAGACCAAAUGAACUGCACCUUUGGAAAUCAACCAAAUUCUUGUAACUGUUCUUCCUCUUGCAACAGUACCGCUGCCUAUUAUAGUUUGGAAACUAAAACUGCAGACUUCAAAUUUAAUAUGACACAAAUAUUAACAAAUUCCACAUGUAACAUCACUAAUCUUGGUUGCCAAGCUUUGAAGAACAUUUCCCAAAUAUAUGAAAAUUCUACUGUGACAUGUAAAAGAAGAUGCACCAUCAUUGUGAAACUAAGCAAAGCCAUAGAUGUGUGUUUACUCCACUCAGCAUUACUGGGUGCAUUCCAAAACCAGAGCGUCACUAUCACUGAUGGCACUGUCACCAGAGUGGCCAUAUGCAGCUGGAAAGAUAGUCUAAAUGCAGAUCUUUUGCAAUCUAACAUAAUGCCAGUUCUUCCUCUGCCUUAUGAUGUCUGCCAAGUUGAAAAAGUAAACAUUGUAUCAAAUUACUGCAAAAAAGGAACAAAUAUAGCUGUGCCUCUAAGGGAGAAGUGCAACAAAAACCCAGUUAAUUCUGUUACCACCAGCAUGCCAAAGUCAACUGCGAACACUCAUGUCGCCAACAUCACAACUACAAUCUCAGCCACAAAUACUUUAGCAGCUACCUUGGAUGCAACAGCCUCCACAGUCUCUUCAACCAGUGAAGAAGUGAUAGCUGAAGGUCUUCUAAAUCUGAGCAGGAAUGCAUCUUCUCUGAACUCCACACAGAUAAAGCAGAUUGUAUCUCUGCUAGAGUCACUUCUUUCUGGGCCCACUGUUAGCCUGGCUCUGGGAAACCUGUCAAUCAACAUUGUCAGCAAUCUUAUAGACGCACCUCCUAAUAUGCUGGCAUCCAUCUCAAACAGGAUCAUUGGCAUUGUGGAUACUGUUGGCUUGAAGCUGGUUGUGCAGGGAAAGAGUCAAAGUAUUCUCUCACCAUCUGUGGCUCUGGCAGUAAAACUGGUGGAUGGGGCUCUUUUUCCAGAGACCACAUUCACUAUCACUGAUGACAACUUGCAGAUUGGCUCCCGGCUGAGGAGAUUUGAGCCAAGCUCUCCUCGGGGUUCCAUAACUCUCCCUGCUUCCCUCACAGAGAACCUCACUCCUCAGCAGCAGCAACUGGUCUCUAGAGUACAGUUUAAUUUCUACCAGAAGACCACUCUUUUCCAGGACAAAGCAUUAAACCUAAACAACAGCAGGCUGAUCAGUGGAGUUCUUGGCUCCAGUGUAGCUAACAUGUCCAUCUCUAACCUGAGAGACCAAAUAGUUUUUACCCUGAUGAACACAGAAACUGUUGAGGGUAACAGUUCACGAUUAUGUGUAUUUUGGAAAUUCAACUUAAACGGUGGCUCUGGUGGCUGGAGCUCUGAGGGCUGUACUGUGCUGAACCACACUGAAACUGAGACGAUUUGUGGCUGUAACCAUCUGACCAGCUUUGGUGUGCUCUUGGACCUUUCCAGAGAAGGGAUAACCAAUCGUUUGCAGGCUACCAUCCUAACCUACAUCACCUAUAUUGGCUGUGGCAUCUCUGCCAUUUUCCUCUCGGUCACCCUGAUGACUUAUCUGGCUUUUGAGACACUGCGUAAGGAUAUCCCAUCAAAAAUUGUGAUCCAGCUGUGUUUGGCUUUGCUUCUGUUGAACCUAACAUUCCUAUUGGAUGCUUGGCUGGCUCUGUACCCCAGUGUUAUAGGUCUCUGCAUCUCCACUGCCUUCUUCUUGCACUACUUCCUAUUGGCAUCUUUCACCUGGAUGGCAAUGGAGGCUGUCCAUAUGUACAUUGCCCUUGUUAAAGUUUUUAACACCUAUGUGUCCCGCUUCAUGGUCAAAUUAGGACUUGCUGGCUGGGGUAUUCCUCUUAUUGUGGUUAUAAUUGUCAUAUCCAUUGAGAAAAACAAUUAUGGACUAGUGUCUUAUGGGAAGUUUGAAGAUGGAACCUCAGAUCAAUUUUGCUGGCUGAAGAAUGAUAUAGCCUUCUAUGUUGCAGUGGUGGCAUACUUCUGUGUUGUCUUCUUACUGAACCUUAGCAUGUUCAUUGUUGUAAUGGUUCAGCUUUGUCGCAUUAAGAGGCAAAAUCCCCAUAACCUCCAGCAUCGCAGUGUCCUACAAGACCUACGGAGUGUGGCAGGGCUUACUGUUCUCCUGGGCCUUACCUGGGGAUUUGCCUUUUUUGCCUGGGAUGCUGUCAACCUGCCCUUUAUGUACCUGUUUGCCAUCUUUAACUCACUGCAAGGCUUCUUUAUCUUUGUGUUCCACUGUGCUGUGAAGGAGAAUGUCCGAAGACAGUGGAGAAUAUACCUGUGCUGUGGAAACCUGAGGAAAGCUGAGAAAUCGGAUUGGAGUCACACGGCUACACAGAGGACCAAGAAAUCCACUGUAAAUAGAGUUGCUUCCUCAUUUAGAUCAGUGAAAUCAUCCAACAACUCAUCCAGUUCCUUCUUGGUCAGUGACAGCUCAGGAUCAGACAGGUCAAUGGGGAUUGGCAGUCCGUUAGAUGACCAUGCAAUUACAGAGCAGGAGAUGCCCAGCUCAGAUGUAGUCCUGAAUGAGCUGAACCACAGGUACAGGAGCCAGAGAUCCCUCUGACCUGAAAGGCAACAAUCAAAACUGUUGUAAUGCCAUUCAUGUGUAUUUUUGAAUCAUGUAAAUAAUAAACGUACAUUUAUUAUUAUAUAUUAUUUUAUAGUGUAUAUAGUAUGUACUGAAUAAAGAAAUUUGUGUAUUA